CACUGGUUAAUACCUGUAUUUCUGCUUUUGUACUGCUAAUAGUCAAACAUGUGUAAUACUUGUGUCCGCAUAUUACGGAAAUAUUAACCCAAGUUAGCCACACCAGCGUAGCGUUAAUGCUAAAAAUAACCAAGUUAGCUCGCUCAUUUUGCAACAACAUGUAUCGUAAACUAACAACAACAUUAGCGCUCUUAGCCAGGUGAAUCUAAAGAUACCAGGAAUGGCCAGGAGCAAUGACUGCUCUGUUCUUAAAGAUGUCGUUGCCUAUGUUGAUGUUUGGUCAUCAGACAAAACCGCAAACUACUCGAAACCAUUUGUUCAGCAGCUGCAGGAAAUGGGAGCUCAGGUAACAAAAACAUUCAAUAAACAAGUUACACAUGUAGUCUUCAGCAACGGUCACUCGGCUACAUGGAGAAAUGCCAAAAAAAAUGACGUGAGGCUUGUCUCUGUUCUCUGGGUCGGCAGAUGUUACGAUGACGGGGAGCGAGUGGAUGAGGAGUUGUAUCCAGCCUUUAAUGAUGAAAGCAAUCCUCUGUUGAAGAACAAGAGACAUCGUUGCAUGCAGCCAAAAGAUACUCCAGAGAGGACACCUGAAAACGACAGACGCAUGAGAAAAAAAUUAGACAAGAUGAUGAAAGACAUGGCUCCAAAACAACCUUUGGUUACAGAUGUGUCGCCCAUUAUUAUUGAUGAAAAGAAUGGAAUCGUCUAUAGCCCUGGGUUGAAAAGAUCAGCUUAUAUGGCGCAGCGUUUGAAAGACAUGAAAGAGAAACGUGAAAACCUCUCACCCACAGCUUCUCAAAUGACUGAAUCCUGCUCACCCUCUGAGAUGAAGCCUUCUCUUGGGAGCUCACCAGCCGUCUUCAAAUUCAUGUAUGAACAGUCUGAUGAUGAUUCCAGUGCUCCUGUUGCUGAACCUGCUUACUCACCUGAUAAGGAAGAAAGUAGAAAACAAGUUGAUGUUCUUGAUCAUGACCAUCUUGAACAACGCCACAGAAAAGGCUCCAACAAGCCGUGGCUCUCACCCUGCAAUGAUGUGCCAAAACGGAUUUUAAGUCCUGUGAAAUGUCUUGACUUCAUGGACAAAGAGGAGGAAGAAGGGACUAGAAAAAAAAAGUCAAGAAGGACUUCAGACAAAAAAAAAAAGCCAGCAGAGAAACACAAAAGUCCUUGCCAGGAUAUGACAUCUGACAACAGCAAGAAUGUUCAUAAAGAAAAAAGACAACCACAGAUAAAACCACCUAUUUCAUCACCUAACAAAUCUGAAAAGGGAAAGCAAAAUAUCAAAGCAGCUAAAUCCCUUACAGAGACCAAGACCCAUUUUUGUUCUGACGCUGCAAAUUCUUCUAGUUGCAUCUCGUCACCAACCACAUUAGGUGCUACUUCAUUUGAACUCUCAAAAGAAACUACUACUUCAUUACAGAAAUCCCCUAAACGAGCUAAACCGCCACGUUCUGCCUUGACACGAUCUUUCACCCUUUCCGGUGAGUCUAAAACUGUGGCCUCAGGUUCCACUGAUGGAGAUGAUGAUGUAUUUGAGGACUAUUUCUCCGCAGCUAACUACAAACCGAGAUCAAAAAGACCUUUGCCCAAUCUACCUGUGGAGAGAGACAUUCUGAUUCCUUUCGAGUUGGACUCUGUCCCGAAUAAGAAAAAAAGAAGUGAAAGCAUUGGAUCUGAAACUAACAGUAAAAAGAAGAUGAAACUGGAAAAAAUUCAGCAGUCUGAUGCAAGCAGUGAGCCUCAAAGCCAUCCACAACAGGAUGUUAAAGAAUCUUUGCCUGCAUCGAAGGGUCCAAGUGGUGAUGUAACAGUCGUGGCUAAAAGGCGAAGACAAAGCACCUUGCCAUUUACAAGCUCCAGCACAACUACAAGGGAUGCAGUGAAGCGGAGAAGAGCAUCUAUAUCAGUACAAACAACAAUGCUAAUGACUGACACUGUAUCGGAGCUGCAGAAAGACUCUGAUGUCAAUGUCCUUUCUCAUACCUUGGAAAAUGAAGGUAGAGGAAAUGUACGUACUGUUGGAGCUGUCUUAACAGAGAUCCCCUCUGAAGGUGAAGAAGACGAUCACAAUAAGUCAGUCAGCUUGAGUAUUCAGAACAUGGUUAACAACACAAAGGCUAUAAAAACAUUAGUCAUGACGAGCAUGACCACUGAGAAGCAGCACACAUUGGUUCAGGUGGUGACGACACUGGGUGGAUUUUCAAUCGUUGACCAAGUUUGUGAGAGCACAACUCAUGUGGUGUCUGGGGGUCACCGGCGAACUCUCAAUAUUCUGUUGGGCAUAGCUCGUGGCUGCUGGAUCCUGUCUUAUGAAUGGAUCCUCUGGUGUUUGGAGCAAAGACAGUGGAUUCCAGAGGAACCUUAUGAACUUUCAGACCAUUUUCCUGCAGCACAGAUCUGUCGUCUCCAGAGGCACCUGUCUGCCGGGGAGCACCAGCAGGAUCUGUUCCAAAGUCAGCCAGCCAUGUUUGUGUCCCAGCACUCUCAGCCACCCACUCAGAGUCUGGUGGAGCUGAUCCAGCUCUGUGGAGGAACAGUCUGCAAAACCGUGCGGCAGGCGGGCAUCUGCAUCGGGACGUACAGCGGCAGGAAGCCCGAGGGAAGCAGGAUCCUGUCUGAGCAGUGGGUGCUGGACAGUAUCACACAUUUGAAGCAGCUGUCAUAUGAUAACUACGACUUGGAGUGAAAGCUGUGACGUUUAGUUUUAAUAAUGAUAUGUACAAUGCCUGGUCACAUACCCUUGGUAUCUACCUUACAGUGUUCCUUGUGUGCAGGUUUAUAAUCUGUUUUGUGUUCAGGGGCUUUAAAUAAAUCCUCUCAAAUAUUCAGUUUUCAAAGAAUUUUAUUCCUUGGUUACUAUGGAAACAAUUCAAAUAACUGUGAAGCUUGGGAAACUGCACGGACAUAGUGUCGAUCCUUUCAUUCUUGCUAUUCUUUCAUAAAGUAAUAACCACUACUGUGUAACUGGGUUUUUAACAUGAGCUUUGAGAUUGUUUUUUCCAUUUAUAGCGAUGUGAUUUUAAUACUUGAACCAGUCUAACGUAUACUGAAGAUAACAUACUGUAUCUUUUUUAAAAUGUUUUGUGAUGCCAUUCUUAAUAAAUACUUGUUUAAAAAAA